AUGGCGAAUGCUGUGGACAACCAUGUUCUUUCCCACGUUGAGCCAGACGAAAAGGGUGCGUCACAACUAGGCGGAGACAGCACAGAGAUCAUCGACCUCGGAUGGACCAAACCUGUUGAACACAUUGAAGAGCAAUUGAUCGCCGGCCUAUCGAACGAGAACCUUUGGAUGCUGAUCCGACGGUUUGAUAAGCAAGUAUACAAUGUCAAAGCUGUUCCAGACGCUCCACUCCAAAACCUGGACUUGACCCGCGCGGAUGACGAUGAAUUUACCCCAGAUAAGCUUCGCGCCACGAUCGAGCGAUUCUAUACAUCGGUUGUUGUCACACUCGCGAGUUUUGUUAAGCAUGUUGCGCGACUGCGUUCUUGGAAAGAACCUCGACGAACAGCUAUAUUCUGUCUCGUUUAUUCCUUAGCAUGGCUCCUGGACAUCAUUCUCCCUUCAUUAUUCGUCGCUUUGAUCGCUUUGGUGAUAUAUCCACCCUGCCGACCCGUUUUGUUCCCACCCGCACCGAUCGCUCUAGUGGAUAAAAGCACCGGCGGUAUCCAAAAGCCCCAAGCGGGAGUGCUUGGGUCGGAAGAUAGCAUAACUGGUGCCCCUGAAAGGUUCAAGGGAGAGGCAGCCGAGCAGGAAGCUAGCAACCUUGUCGCAAGUGUUGCGAGUGUCGCUGUGGGAAGUGCAGCCGGAAAACAUGACCAAGGAGUGCCUGAAGGUGCACCACUAGAGGGUACUGUUCCAGAUGUUAUGGAUGUUGUCGCCAACACGGCCGAUGCACAAAGAGCUGCUAGUGGAAGAGUUCCUUCUGAAUCACACGACAAAACCCGACAGCCUAUGAGAGAAUCUGUCAUGCAAGCAGCCAAUAUGGGCAUGCAAUUGAUCAACGACGCCACCGACACUUUCGAGAAACUUUCCAAUGCCUUGUCCGCUACCCCGCCAUUCCCCCGAUGGGUACCCCGUUUGCGGCUAGUAUCUGUCCUACUUCCAUCCUGCUUCGCGGCUAAAUCAAUCUCUGUCUAUGCUGCUUCAAAGGGAAUAGGGCUCUUCGCAGGGUUUGCCUUUUUUGGAGGGCCUAUUAUCAUACGGGGUCUUUCUAUCUUGAGCCGGAAAUACCCAAAUUGGCAGAAGCUUCUCCAGAUACAAAACUCUCUUCUCAAGGGCGUUCCAACAAAUGCUCAACUGACCUUAACACUAUUACGAAUCGGCGAGGCCAAUGCUUCACCACUCCCCCCGCCGUCAACCUCUCAAGACAAGCCUUCCUCGCGCCCAAUAUCUCUUCAUCACGAGGAGCUCGAACUCGGGGCUUCCAGAGAAGAAAUCGAAGAUGCUGCAUCAGCCGAGCCCUCCAAGAAACCAGAGGAUACUCCGGUUCAUACUUCACAAACAAAUACCAUAGCCUCCAGUAUUAUCCGCUUCUUCAGAGGAACCACAGCGACAGGAGUGGAGGGGAAACGAGGUUUCGACCGUAUUAGAGCUACGAUCGGUUCACGUCAUGCAAAAAACCGGGUUGGAGUUCUUCGGUCCAAAGGUAAACUCAGCUCACCAAUCGGACCAGUCAAGUUCGAUGCCAGAUACAAAGGGAAACGCGGCACGGUGAUCAUCGAUUCUACAAGUGAACCUCGGGUGCUCUACUUCACAACUGAUCCACUUCAAGAUGACGACCUUCAGUUAAAAAACCAGAAGAAAGCCUCUGUCUUGUUUCAGAUUCCAGUCGCCGAUAUUCGAGAAAUGAAGAAGCUCGGAGGGCUGGGAUGGAAAGGAAAACUGGUGGUUGGCUGGGCGUUGGGAAGCAAAGAAGUUGUUGAUGGCUUACAAAUUGUGGGCAAAGACCCCAAGGAGUCAUUCCAACUUACGGCCAUGGGAACUCGGAAUCAGUUAUUCAAUCGUCUGAUUGCUAUUGAUGGACAGGUUUGGGCUUGCUGCUGA